AUGACUGCCGCGUGCAUCUCGGGCCUCACCUCGUCCUUCAUCAUGCGAGGCGUCUUCCGGAAUCUCAAGGAAAACCUCCUCGACCCGUUCGAGGCGGACACCUUCGUGCGCAUGAACCCCGACCACAGGCUUCAGGGGCGCGACUUGGAACUUCGAAUCAAGGACCUGCAAAUGGCGAUGGACGAGAUCGAGCCGGUGCGGGCGUGGAUCGGGGUGCAAGACCAGUACAAGAUCGAGGACUGCGGCCCGCCGCCCGAGCCAUGGCCGGAUCUUGGCUGGUUCUGCCAGCUCUCCUACCGUGAAGACGACCGCUCUUCGUACGUCAGCCUGGGUCGGCAUCACAAGUUCGCGAUGCAGUUCUUGAAGAUCCAUGACUGCGGCACCAUGAUUCGCGAGCACGAACGCGAGGCGCGUCAGGGCGUCAUGUACUCCUACGUGUUUCGUCUGCGCACCGACGUCAAGGUUACGGCGUUCGACCCCCUCUCGUUCUACGACCGCGUGGAGCAGCUGCGGCACAAGGGGGGGCAUGCUGAGGCGUGCCUGGUCCCGACGCGUGACGUGCCCUUCGAGCGGGGCGCCGCAAAUCACUUCGGGUUCUGUUCGCGUGGGGCUGCGGAGGGCCUGUUUGAGUUCCACAACUACAUCAUGUCGGACGAGUUCCUCAGCGAAUGCAGAGACGUCGACUACAGCCCUGAGUACCUGUACACCUACUACUUGAAGACGAAGUUCGACACUGCCUUCGAAAUGCUCCCUGAAAUGGGCCAUGCCACCUGGAGGGGUGGACAAGGCCUUGCGCCGAUACGUACUGGCAUACCGAGUGCGAUCUGA